AUGAAGAUCUUCUUUAUUGGGAGUGCCUUUUAUAUACUAUAUUUGAUGAGGAUUCGAUUCAAGGCUACAUGGGAUCCAUCACUUGACACGUUUAGAGUGGAAUUCUUGCUGGUACCUUGUGCAGUGUUGGCAUUGAUUGUGAAUUAUGCUUUUACUCCUCUGGAGAUAUUUUGGGCAUUCUCAGUGUAUUUGGAGGCUGUCGCUAUACUCCCUCAACUGUUUCAACUGACACGAACAGGGGAAGCUGAAACCAUUACAACGCACUACUUGUUUGCUCUGGGCGGGUACCGGGCGUUGUAUUUACUGAAUUGGAUUUAUCGGUUUGUCACCGAGAAUGGACAUGUGGACUGGAUUGUAGUUGUGUCAGGCCUUGUACAGACGGCGUUGUAUUGUGACUUCUUCUAUGUCUACUUUACAAAAGUUUUGAAAGGUCAACGUUUUGAGCUGCCGGCAUAA